CAUGCGAAUACGACAAAAAAUCAUCAUUCCUUUAUUGUAACGCUUAUCGUGUAGUACACGUUAAUUGUUUGAGAGCUCGAAAAGGUAAGAACCGACCGUCGACAUGGAUAAAGCUGACAACCAACUGAAAACCUGGAAAAAGAAAAGCAUGAAGACGUGUAGUUUGACGGACGUGGUGACCCAGUGCGUCCAGGUGGUCGUGCGAUGUAGACCGAUGGACGAGAAGGAGGUGAGUCGUGGGUAUACACGUGUGGUCGACGUGUUUCCAUCGAGGGGAGUGGUCGAGAUCCGUCAUCCGCGAGACGAUCCAUCCAGCGAUAACGUGAAAGUAUUUACGUUCGACGCGGUUUACGACUGGAAUUCCAGUCAACAGGACCUUUACGAAGAGACGGUCAGGCCAUUGGUGUCCUCCGUUCUCGACGGCUUCAACGGCACUAUUUUCGCGUACGGUCAGACCGGCACUGGGAAAACGUACACCAUGGAGGGUUUGAAAAGCGACCACGAGAGGCGCGGCGUAAUUCCGCGCUCGUUCGAGCAUAUAUUCAACCACAUAGGCAGGUCUGAGAAUAUGCAGUAUUUGGUACGGGCCAGUUACCUUGAGAUCUACCAAGAGGAGAUACGCGAUCUUCUGCACCCUGAUCAGAGUUUAAGAUUCGAAUUAAAAGAGAAACCAGACACCGGUGUGUUUGUCAAGGAUUUGUCGACGUCAGUUUGCAAAAGUGCCGCGGAGAUUCAACAACUGAUGAAUACCGGCAACCAAAACAGAACGAUAGGCGCAACGAAUAUGAACGAGCACAGCUCUCGGUCGCACGCGAUAUUUCUAAUCACCAUUGAAAUGGGAUCCAUCGGCGAUUCUGGUGGAAUCAGGGUCGGUCGUUUGAACUUGGUCGAUCUCGCGGGUAGCGAAAGGCAGAGCAAAACCGGCUCUUCUGGCGAGAGGCUCAAGGAAGCGAGUAAGAUUAACUUAAGUUUAUCGGCACUGGGCAACGUGAUCUCGGCGUUAGUAGAUGGGAAGACAACGCAUGUGCCCUACAGGGACUCGAAACUGACGCGAUUAUUGCAGGAUUCUUUGGGCGGUAACUCUAAGACCAUCAUGGUUGCUAAUAUCGGUCCAGCUAGUUACAAUUACGAUGAAACUCUGACGACCCUACGGUACGCUAAUCGUGCUAAGAACAUCAAGAAUAAGCCGAGAAUAAACGAAGAUCCAAAGGAUGCAUUGUUGAGGCAGUAUCAAGAAGAAAUAGGCCGAUUAAAAGAGAAGUUGGCGCAAAAGGGUACGGUACCAAGGAAAAAGAAGAGGUCAAAGAGGAAAAAAGAAGACGAAACCGGGGAUUCAGAGUCUGAAACGGAAGACAGUCGCGGCGAGGAUAAUAAUAAGAUAGAGACAGACAAGAAACUUAUAGCGGAGCAGUUGAAGGCUGAGAAGCAAGAAACUGAGAAUCUUAUAAUGAGAAUAAAAGACCUUGAAAGUAAAAUGCUAUGCGGUGGAAAGAACAUCAUAGAUCAUACAAAUGAACAGCAAAGGGCAUUAGAACAGAAAGCAGCUGAGAUAGCUGAACGAAAGAAGCGGGAAGUUGAAAUGCAACAGAAACUUGAAGAUGAAGAACUCACCAUGCUAGGAGUUAAAGAAACCUACACAAACCUGCAACAGGAAGUUGAUGUAAAAUCCAGGAAACUCAGGAAAUGUUUCACCAAAUUACAGGUCCUUAAACAAGAACUUGAAGACGUAACUAACGAUUUUAACAGAGACAGAAGAGAUCUAGAGCAGACUCAGCACGAAUUAAUGAAGGAAUUGAAACUUAAGUAUCUUAUAAUAGAGAAUUUUAUUCCCGAAGAGGAGAAGAAUAAAAUCUUGUCGAGGAUUCAUCUGGACGAAGAAGAAGACUGCUGGAUAGUCAAAGAUCCAGAGCCAUCCAGCAUAGAAUUUAUAAAAAGACCCACGUCGGUUGCCGGGGCACGAAGACCAGUUUCAGAAUACGCGCGAAUCGCCCUGGCCAUGGGAAAGGGCUGUCGCUAUGCGGGUGAGAAUAUAUUAAACUUAGACCUGGACAUGCCAGCGAGAACAACGCUAGAUUAUCAGGGACCCGCUAUCGCGCCUACGAUCCAGGCUGUCCUAGAAGAAGCGCUGCGCGACGAGGGAGAUAUAGACGUAGACGCGUCGAGUGCAAAACUUAGGUCAAAGUCACGUUUACAAUCCGCGAAAAUAAGACCUAAGAGCGUCGGGAAGAUCCCGCAGAUACCAGCGCCUGUUUAUCCAAAGACGAGGGGUCUCGUGCCCAAAUAGGAGAUUUGAAUACGCGUCUGUAAAGAACCAUGUAAAUAAUGUAAGAACUACGACGACGUCAGCUUUGUUCAAUUAAUUUAUAUAGUUGUGAUACGCCUCAUGGUACUACGUGUAUCAAAAAUAGCGCAAGUCUUGAUAAUUCUCUCUAGUCAGUGUGCACCAUGCAUAAUGUGUCGAUUAUUGUAUUAAUAAAAAAAAAAUGAAACGUCCUACGAA